AUGGCUGCUCCACCUGCUAGGGCUAGAGCCGAUUACGAUUAUCUCAUUAAGCUUCUUCUGAUCGGUGAUAGCGGUGUGGGUAAAAGUUGUUUGCUUUUGAGGUUCUCUGAUGGCUCCUUUACCACUAGCUUCAUCACCACCAUUGGCAUUGAUUUUAAGAUAAGAACCAUUGAGCUUGAUAGCAAACGCAUCAAACUCCAGAUUUGGGAUACGGCCGGGCAAGAACGGUUUCGAACCAUCACCACUGCUUAUUACCGAGGAGCAAUGGGCAUUUUGCUGGUGUAUGAUGUCACAGACGAGUCGUCCUUCAACAACAUUAGAAAUUGGAUUCGUAAUAUCGAACAGCACGCUUCAGAUAAUGUCAACAAAAUCUUGGUAGGGAACAAAGCCGACAUGGACGAGAGCAAGAGGGCUGUGCCAAAAGCAAAGGGUCAAGCACUUGCUGAUGAAUAUGGAAUCAAGUUCUUCGAAACAAGUGCCAAAACAAAUCUAAACGUGGAAGAAGUUUUCUUCUCGAUAGCAAAAGACAUUAAGCAGAGACUAGCAGAUACCGACUCGAGAGCAGAGCCUGCGACGAUUAAGAUCAGCCAAACAGACCAGGCGGCUGGAGCCGGGCAGGCCACGCAGAAGUCUGCAUGCUGUGGAACUUAA